AUUACCACACCGGUUUUCGUGAAAAGCGGGCGUACGUUAAGUUAAUCCUUUAAUAAUAAGUGAUUUAAAUUUUAAAAAAUGUCCUUUUAUCAAGAUAGAAGUGUCGGUCACCUGCCCCCACCAGGUCUGUCAGACAAGCUACGUUUGUACCAUGUGGAUAUGAACCCUUACGGCCACAGGGUCCUAUUGAUCCUGGAGGCUAAAAAGGCCAAAUACGAAGUCUACAAGCUAGACCCACUUAGGCUACCGGAAUGGUUCAAGGUCAAGAAUCCAAGAUGUAAUUGUACGGAACCUUCAACGUUACGUAGUUCGCCGAAACAGCUAGUCUUGAAUAAAUUGUUAGACUUUUUAUUUUCUAUUCUUUCAGGAACGAAUUACUUCAGCGGGCAUCGUCCGGGUAUGCUAGACUACAUGAUCUGGCCCUGGGUAGAGAGGCUGUACCUGUUGCGAUGCGUUAGUGAACAGAAAUUCGAUUCCAAGAGAGGCCUGUUCCCUAAUUUUGCGGACUGGGCUGACCAGAUGCAGUUAGAUGAGGUCGUGAAGAAACACGCCGUCUCACCUCAAGAGUAUUUCGAUUACUACAGGAAUGCUAGAACACAUUCUAUGGGGUACUAUAUUUAAUCCCUAUUUAAUAUAACUUAUAUGUAACUUGAUUAAAUGUACACCAGAGGGCCUAUCCCACGCGUCCAGGUAUUAUCAUUGCGGCUGUGGAGAAUAUUCUACAACUUUCACAGUUUUCACACAACGCCAUCUAGUGUCAAACUAAGCGAAGCUUGUAUUAUGAGUACUA